CAUCCAUUUCAUCACACACACCACAAUGACCACCAGCAGCCCUGAGGCAUGUCCGAGCAUACUGAUUCGCAGCCAUGGUUUGCCCCUGCACCACUCUGCGCGACAUUCCUCGGCCCAGCGCUUCUCGCAACUCGCGUGGAGAUCAGCGGCCAACAAACAACCGUCAAAAGAGACCUGAAAUUUACAUCCCCUUGCUUCAUUCCCCCGAUGGCCGUCACUAUGCCGGCGCAACGUGGAGUCUCACUUAAAUGAAGGUGCAGUCAACAUGUGCGCAGCCUGGCAUUUUCUCGUUCGCUGUAGACCGGGGGUGUUGGAUUUUGCCGCGAGAUUAAAAGGAAACCCCCGCCAUCUUGCACGGAGUUGCACGAAGG